AUGGUUUAUUUGGUAGAAGAGGAAUGUAAACUCUACAUACCCCUCCUAUCCCUUGGGGAUCAAUUAAAGUGGUUGUAUCCAAAAUCAGUUAAUGAGGGGCCGCGCGGCCCAAUUCCACCAUCUACCCGAAGCCCACAAUCCUGGCACACGGCCGCUCUAGCCAGUAGUCAGCCACGUGCGCCCGGGUUCUCCUCUUGGCCCUUCAGCGGGCCCGGAGCCUCCAAGGUCGCCGUAGCAACCGGGUGGUCCCUCUCUCGGUUCCCCAGCGCCCAGCAGAGCAGUCCCGACCGCCGCGGCGGCGGCGGCGGCGGGAGCGAGCGGCCUCGGCCCCUCCCGAGAGAGGGGGCAGCGCGACCGUGGGCUGCGGGCGCCGCCUCUGCUCUGCUGCAUCGGUGGCUGGGCGCUCCGCUCCGCUCUGCCGGGCUGGGAUCCGGACCCCGAGCGCGCCUCGCUGCCUUCCCCUUCUCCUCUGCUGCCGCCCCGUGGGCAGCUUCUCCAAGCAAGACGCGUGUUCGAUCCUCCGUCCCCGCGUUUACGGAUUUCCGGGAGCGCAGAAUUUUGCCUCGGUCCCUACGAGCAUCUCUCGGCCUCUCUCCCCCUCCCCUCGCGACUCCCCCACCCCGCGCGCGUGCGCACGCCCGCGUGCCUCCAGCCGCGGAGUCUCCAGCGCCCCUCAGCAGAUCCCGGCUCUCCCAGGCGCCGCUACUCACACAGGCUUCCAGCCGCCACGGGGCGUCCUCUGUCUGCUGCAGCGGCGGCGACGGCGGCGGCGGCGGCAGCGGAGGGAACGCAGCUCCGGGGCCCGCAGCAUCCCUGGGGCGUCCGGGCUCCGAGCCGGGGUCUUGUGGUCUCGCCCCCGCCAGGGCACCUGGAUCUAGACUGGGAGAGGAGUGGGCGAGGGGGGAGGGGAGUGGAGCUAGAGGUGAAGCUGGUAAGGAGGGGUGCGUGGACGCGUGGGGGCUUCGGUGCAGCCCCCACACUCUUCCCCGCUGUGCCCUGGCUCAAGCUCCGUCACUUUUACUAGCUCGGGGGUGCCCCGCGCCCCAGACAGCUGUUCUUCGCUCUCCCAGCCGUCCGCCAGCCAGUGUCGGCUCCGGGCUCCGCGCCCGCCGCGCGCCAGUCACCUCCCCUGCACCUUGGACAGCGCACCCCGCGCCAGUCGCCCCCAGCGGGCGUCGCCCCGGGGACCCGGUCCUGCCCGCGCAGUGCUCCCGCUGCCCUCUUCUUUCCAGGUUGUCACCCUCCCGCCCUGCAUCCCUGCUCCUCCAGCGGUGGCGGACUCCGCUCUGCUGCGGGCCGGAAACUUUCCUCCCCGCCUGGUCUGCGCUGGGUACUAUUGUUGUUAUUUGUGAUUGUCCCCUCUCCCGGGGAGCUCGGACACCUUGGACAGGUCUUACUCGGCGGGAGCGCGCCCAGCCAGGCCCCGCGCGAGGCAAAGGAGGCACUGAGGCAGCCGGACUCGGCCGCUGCUAAGGUGCAGAGCUCGUGCCUCGGCCCCUGGACGCCGGUCGCCUCCCCGCCUCUCCGGACCCGACACGUGCGCGCCUCCCACGGACGCGGCCCCUCCCAAACCACCCCACGUCCUCCCCCUGCACGGCCACAGCCACCCCAUAGGUUGGACACCCGGGGCUCUCGAGUCCUGAUUGGCUGAAGGCGUAAGCCCGCCCCCUUUCGGAGGGGGGUGGUUCUGGAGUGUUGUGGUUGUCAUCCCGCGGCGAGCACAUGGGGAAAGUGGGGUCGACAGGUGGGCAAGCCCAGCUCUGUGGAAUCCCUGCGUCUCACUGUAUAGCCACUGAGCCACGCUCCUUCACCCAAAUACACUCCUGCUUCUCUCUUUUUCUCCCUCAAUCUUU